CCCACCCCCAUCCCCUCCAUCCACCAACCCGCCAUCCACUUCCAGUCGCAGCAACAGCGGUGGAGGCCAAGGAGGCGGCGGCGCCAGGACCGACCUCCACCUCCUCUCCGUCCCGCUUCGUGCGUCUUGUCCCUUUGAGCAUCCCGUCCACUGCUCUCGCCAGCAUUGCCUCUUGGCAUCGCAUCCUGCUGUUCCUGUCGACACGGCGACUCGCAUCCGAGCUCUGACCAGCCCUCCCACCUCUCUGUGCCGCCGACGGCCUCGCGCAGCGCCAUUUUUUGGAUGCUCGCCGCCCGCAACUCGACCGCCGACAGCCUCAAGUUGCCUUAGGGCUCGGGGGCCUCGCACAGCGCCAACCGCCCCGCCCCUCUCCAACUCCGCGAACGACCGCCCCGUGCCCUUGUCGGUCAUCGCGCCCAGCUCAUCGCCACGUCUGGCUUCCUCCGGCGGCUUGCGCUCGCUCGCCGCUCGAAACCCAUCAUACUACCACGGGACACACACAAGGAAGAACCACCCCCGCCUGCGGGUCAUAUCCGGCCAUCUGGCCCAGCAGGCAUCCGUCCAACGUGCGGCGACCUGCGCUGCGACGGGCACGGCGCCGCUGUUGGGCGACCUGUGCUGCUGCCGUUAUCAGGUAACGGCCCGGCUAGUCUCUGGGCCCUCUAUUUCGAGUUGCUUCGCCGCGGCGGAUCAUGGCAACUGCCGCCAUGGUUGGAACCUCAUCGUCGCCUGCGUCCUCUCCAGCGCCAGACGCCGCUGUCUCUCCCUCGUCGAUCGCAAAUCACCCCGCCGCUCUGCCGCCGGCAGCAUCUGCGCCCUCGCGCCGGAGCACUCUGCCACGCCCCAUGUCCCACGCUUCGAGACAUCGAUUAUCGCAAUACUCGGCGAGCUCUGUCCCGUCCAGAUCGCGGCCGCAGUCGCACAUGUUCCCCAUGUUUCCCUCAAGCCUCCCCUACACCCAGGUGCGCGACUUCGCGUAUCCUGCCUCUCACCCCUUGCACUAUGGGCCGCCUCCGGAGCCCUCUAGGCCUCCUUCGGGCCUGACCACGCCCGCGAGUGAGACUAGGCGACUGUCCGACCCUCCAGCAUCUUGGGAGCAGAAGAUGCCGUGGGACUCAUGGACCGCAGACGGCUUCAAUCGCGGGCACGAUAUCCCACCCAUUCAGUUCGGCGAUGGCCCACCGUAUAGCGAAGACGAGGAUUUGCAGAGCCCCGUCGUCGCAACCCGUCACCGAAAGCACAAGUCGACGUCGGCAGCCAUGAGUGCGGGUAGGGGCCGGGCCGGCCAUGACAUCGAUGCGCCGGGAUCAAGCAUUAUGAAUCACUCCAACUAUGACAGAGAGAGGGGAUACUACGUGGGCACUGCAGGAGACGGCAGCGAGCGUUACUAUGUUAACCAAGGAGGUGAGGCCAACGGCCCGGGGGGCGAGUUUGUCACAUACCCUGCGGACCAGGCGAGACACAGCCGUGCGUACCACUACCCGCAGCGGAUAAACGAGAACGAGCUUUAUGGAUCGGAGGAUUCUGACUCGUUGUCAUCGCCAGGAUACAACGAGACAGACGAGUCACGAUACUCGAGAGACUAUCAGUUCACCAUCACUUCGCCCGACGAAGAAUUCCACGGUAAAGCGGUAGCCCUCUUUGACUUUGAGCGGGAAAAUGAAAACGAGCUGCCCCUGCUUGAAGGGCAGAUUAUUUGGGUCUCGUAUCGCCACGGCCAGGGUUGGCUGGUGGCGGAAGAUCCCAAGACCCAGGAGAGCGGGCUCGUGCCGGAGGAAUAUGUUCGCUUACUCAGAGACAUCGAGGGUGGGAUGAAUAGUCUGACGGGCCAAAUCGGAGACGGCUCUGGCUCCCCCAACGAAGCCGGUACGCCGACCCAAGCUGAGCACGGAGGACAUGAGGGCCACCAUCACAGCUCGAGUAACCCGACCAAUGGCUAUCACCAACCAGUAGUGUCCAUGUUUUCGACCUCCAGCAAGGACCUGAACCCCUACCCCACGGAGCAGCUGGGCAUCCAAGCCGGCCAAACGCCGCCGCAGGUCAUCCACUACCACGGACAGAGGGGUGGCAGCCAGGCCAACACGCCCACGAUUUCGCAGCACACCGACACGACUCUGCUGCGCGCAGAGGGCCGGGAUUCCGGCGCGGGGCCCGACAUGGAAGCCGGUUCUGCAGCGGAUGAUGCUGACAUUAAGGCUGCGGAGCCGGCAGGCCACGGCGGACACGGCAAGGAGACUAGCAGGUAACACGUUGCGCACCUUGUAUCCGGCGCAUUUAGUCAUUGGCGGCAACCCCGCCGCGGCCUCUAUCUUGGCUGUGGGCACAGCUGCGGGCUCUGCAUGUUCACGGGGCUCACCCCAUGCGAUGCCUUGUCGAUGACUAAAGUUCUGCAAAACAAGAAGGUGUGGGCGGAAACGCGGAGCCUCCGCUUUACAGAGAACAUCGGCGGCAGCUUUUCUGAGCCCGCUCGGACUUAUAUACCGUUACCCAAUGAUGCAGAGAGCACGAGACGUGGAAUCUGAUGGAACGACUACCGAAACACAGUAUGAGGGGACGAAAGAGAUGAGUGGCCUAUUUCGCGGCGUUAGGGCUGACUAGGGAAGCAUGAGUCCAUGGCAAGGGCUCAAGGAGUGUGCAAUACAGGAUAGGAGUCUGGCCUUUUGCUCAACGAAAUGAGGCAGGAGGGAGACUCGGAUGACUUUACACGACGCCUAUACAAUAUCCAAGUGACAAGCGACUGGAUGGUUCCUCGGCAGCCACCACGAGUCCCUUUUGUUGUCCUCGGUGUGAAUGCGCUUACCUACAUCGUGCUGUCCGUAAGGAAGAGGGGGGGGGGUUGACGACGCCUUCUAGAGGUGGCUGAUAACCUGAGACUGGGAGGCGCCCUUGUUUCGGUUCCUGGAUUCUUGGAUCCUUGGAUGAUGAUGGGUGGCCAGAG